AUGGCGAAAAACUCAAAGCCCCAGACCAACAAGUUGGCGCUGGGUGGACCUGACGAUCUCUUGUUUGAAUUGGAUACGGUGCAGCAGCCUCAGUAUGAAAAGGGCCAGUACCGUGAAUACUUGUUGACUUCCACGCCUGAGUACAUCACCAAGUCACGUACGGUUUCUGGCAAGGAAUACGUUUUGCUUGGUCUUCUUUUCGUUGCCGGCUUGUAUGUGCGUUUGCAGAACUUGGGCCACCCCAACUCGGUGGUGUUUGACGAAGUCCACUUCGGUGGUUUCGCUAAGAAGUACAUCAAGGGUGCUUUCUUCAUGGAUGUUCACCCUCCUUUGGCUAAGAUGCUCUUUGCUGCUGUGGGCCUGCUUGCUGGCUUCAAGGGUGACUUUAGCUUUACCCACAUUGGCGAUGUUUUCCCUGACUCGGUGCCUUAUGUCGUCAUGAGAGCCUUCCCUGCUGUUUUGGGCUUGGCUACGGUGUUCCUUUGUUACUUGACCUUGCGUGCCUCUGGUGUGCGUCCAAUUGUGGCCUUCACUACCGCUGGUGCUCUUUUGGUGGAAAACUCCUUUGUCACCAUCUCCAGAUACAUUUUGCUCGACUCUCCACUCGUGUUCUUCAUUGCCGCAGCUAUCUACGCGUUCAAGAAGUUCGAGGUCCAGCAGCCUUUCUCCUUGAACUACUUCCGUUCCCUUUUGCUGUGCUCGCUUGCUUUGGGUAUGGCUUUCAGUUCCAAAUGGGUCGGAUUGUUCACUAUCGCAUGGGUUGGCAUCUGCUGUGUCAUCCACAUGUGGUUCCUCAUUGGUGACUUGAGUGUUUCUCCAAAGGCUGUCUGGAAACACGCCUUUUCCCGUGCUUCCUUCCUUUUGGGUGUCCCAAUCGCAUUGUACUUGUUCGUCUUCAGCAUCCACUUCAAUGUCUUGACUAACGAUGGUGAUGGUUCUGCUUUCAUGACCAGUGGCUUCCGUGCUGGUUUGGCUGGCUCCCUUGUGCCAAGACAGACCACCGCCCAGGUUGGUUACGGUUCGCUCGUGUCCAUCCGUCACGUCAACACCAGAGGUGGUUACUUGCACUCUCACAACCACAUGUACCCAACCGGUUCCAAGCAGCAGCAGAUCACCUUAUACCCACACUUGGACACCAACAACGAAUGGUUGAUUGAACCUUACAACAGAUCCAUCCCAGCUGAGUUCGUUCAGCUUAAGGAUGGUGAUAAGGUCAGACUCGUGCACGUUAACACCAAGAGAAGAUUGCAUUCCCACGACGAGAAGCCUCCAGUGAGCGAGCGUGACUGGCAAAAGGAAGUUUCUUGUUACGGAUACGACGGCUUUGGUGGUGACGCUAACGAUGACUGGAUCUUUGAGGUUGUCAAGCACAAGACCAAGGGCAGAGCCCAGAAGGAGAUUAGAUCCAUCGAGACCAUUUUUAGAUUGAGACACGCCAUGACUGGUCACUACUUGUUCUCCAGUGAGACCAAGUUGCCAGGUUGGGGUUUCGAACAACAAGAAGUCAGUGCCGCUGGCCAAGGUGCUAGACCAUUGACCCACUGGUACAUUGAAACCAACAAUGCUGAGCAGAGAUUGCCUGCUGACCAGAGAGAGAUUGCCAGAUACCAGCCAUUGAGCUUCUGGGAGAAGCUUAUUGAAUCCCACAAGACCAUGUGGAAGAUCAACCAGGGUUUGACUUCUCACCACAACUGGCAAUCCAGCCCUCAGGACUGGCCUUUGUUGUUGCGUGGUAUCAACUACUGGGGCAAGAACCACACCCAGGUUUACUUCCUUGGUAACCCUGUUGUCUGGUGGACUGCCUCUGCCGCUUUGGUCGCUUUCAUCAUUCACGCCGGUAUUUCUGUCUUGAAAUGGCAGGUCGGUAAGCUGAUUGCUGGUUCCAAGGACGUCUACCACUUCAACUACCAUGUCUUCACCUACUUCCUCGGCUGGUUCAUCCACUACGCCCCAUUCUUCAUCAUGGGUAGACAAUUGUUCUUGCACCACUACUUGCCAUCGCAAUACUUUGCCAUUUUGUCUCUUGGUCACUUGUUCGAGUUGCUCGUUUCCAGCUCGUUCUUUGGCAGAAAAGGUGCUAACGCCUUGGUUGCCUACUUGGGUGCCGCUGCCACUAUCUACUUCUACUUCUCGCCAUUGAUCUACGGAAACCAGUGGACUAAGAGCAAGUGUGCCUCUACCAAGUGGGUUUCUUCUUGGGACUACGACUGUAACACCUUCCUCGACAAUGCUGCCCAGUACAAGUCCUUGGAGAGCUCUGUUGCCCAAAGCACCUUGUCCAACCCACUGACUGUUGUCGUCAACGAGGCCAAGGAGACCCCAAGAGCUGUCAAGCAGGAAGCCCAGAAGGAGCAGCAGGAGCUGGAGGUUGAGAGCUUUGAGGAACCACCAGCUGCAGAGACCCACAAGGGCCCAUUGCCAGACUUCUUGAGAGACGAUGAGGAGGCUCCAGUCGGCGAAUUGGUCGAUGAGGCCACAGGAAACAAGGGAGAGCCUCAGGCCGUUCCUGAGGACCCAGCUCCAUCUGAGGGUGACGAGAAUGGAGUUGUCGCAGACGAUGUGGUUGUGGAGGACGUUGUCGUCGAGGAGGUUGCCCAACCAGUCAACUAA